AUAAUGUUUGGAUUUUCUGCUAAAUUUUAGUUGAAAAAUAGUGACUAAAAUAAUGAUUUCAAUUUUUCACUACUAAUAUACUCGUAUUUUAAACAUUUUAAUAGUAAGAAAAAAAGGUUUUUAUAAGAAAAGACUUGUAUGACUCCAGCAGUUAUAUGACGUAGAAGGUUAGGUGGCAACGUCGCUUAGCGGAACAAGACAUGUGUCAAAGUUGUCGAGAAAACAUCAUUGAGAGCAACAAAAAGAGGAAUAGAAAAAAAAAUGAAGCAAUGAAAGGUUGUCGGAUAAUCGAUGCUGAAUCGUUUGCAAAGGAUAUGUGGUGCAAAGAUUGUAAAGUACCUUUGUCACUCCGAGAUACCCAAGAAGAAAAAAAAAGUGCACUUUCAAGUAUUAUCACCGUAAAGUGUUGGUCUUGUUCUAAGUUAUUCGAAAUUACCACAUCACCGAUGGAACAGUUGUCUACGACAAGACCAACCUACAAUAUCAACUCAAGACUCGUCAUUGGUACCAUCGAAAGUGGAAUUGGUGUGACACAUUUAAACAAAAUUUUAUCGGCAGCUGACCUCCCAAUUUUUCACCCAUCAACAUAUAAGAGAUAUGAAAGAAAAGUCGGUGUAGCGAUAGAGAGUCUCGCAAAAACUAGUUGUCUCGAGAAUAUAAAGAUAGAAAAAGAGUUGACAAUCGAAAAAGAAGGUCUGAAGAAUGCAAGCGAUUGGACACAAAAUUCCAUAGUAGAGUUGACGAUAAGUUACGAUGCAGGUUGGCAAAAAAGAGGAUCGGGUCGAUGUUACAAUAGCACAACAGGUCACGGUACUGCCAUCGGAUUUUAUUCUGGUAAAGUUCUCGGCUACGCAACCCGAAACAAACGUUGCACGGUUUGUGAAUACGCGGAACGAUAUGAAGAAAAUAACAACGUCAUGACAGAAACCAAAAACAAGCAUGACUGUCGAAGGAAUUUCGAAGGAUCUUCUAAAGCCAUGGAGGCGGACAUGGCUCGAGAAAUAUUUAUCGAUAAUCCCGAUUUUAUCGAAGCAAGCGUCAGAUUGGGAACACUAAUUGGCGACGACGACUCGAGUACAAUCGCAACUUUACGCCGGGAAGCUGGAUAUGACAUAAAAAAGUUGAGCGAUAAAAAUCACGCUGUAUCGAAACUCAGCAAAUGUUUGUAUGCUGUACAAUUACCUACCAAUUUGGUGAAGUACUUCAAAUAUUGUUUUUCAUGCGUACUGGUCAAAAAUAAGAAUAAUACUUCAGCGACUAAAGCCGGUUUACUAAACAUCGUCCCUCACGCUUUUGAUUCCCACGAGGAAUGCGGUGGUUGGUGCACAUAUACGAAAGAUCCUAUCAACUAUCGCCACAAACUGCUACCCGGAGGAAAAGGACUCACAAGAGACACUUGUCGACAAAAAUUACAAACUAUUUUUCAAACGUUUGCUAAUAACGCUGAAAAACUGAGCCCGUGCAGUUCAAGUCAAACGAAUGAAUCUAUGAACAGAACAAUCGUCAGUACCGCUCCCAAACAUUUACAUUAUGGAGGAUCAUCAUCAAAUGAUAUUCGAGUUGCUGCAGCCAUCGUUCAUAAAAACAUUGGGAAUACUUCAAUUGUCGACGUAACGAAUAAAUUGAAGACCCCAUUAUCUGAAUCGUCUUUACGAUCGAUCCAGUCGAAAAAGGUCGAAAACCAGCCCCAAGGAAGGAAUUUGUUAUCAAUCCGGUUGUGGAUUUGA